AGAUGCCUCACCUCCUGUUUGGGUUCUCCCUACACUUCAAACACUGGUGGUUUUAUUUUAUUUAAGUGGCUGUAAAUUGUGUGAAUGAAAUGGCCACAUGCCCAGAGUUUCCUGCUGCUCUCUGCCAAACAGGAUUCUCUUGUGAACAAAAAAAUGCCAACCAAAUGAUUGUUUACUCUGUGGCAGGACUGAAGUGACUGCCUUUGUUCAGCCGGGGGCACUAUUUGCAUCUCCUCUCAGGCAGAGAUGGUUUUCUCACACAGAGGGUCUUCGUGUCUUAACUCACGCUCGGGGACUUCCUUAACCUCAGGCUGUGGUGUUGGGCUGUUUAGGAACUGAUCAAAACUGUGAACUGCCACAGGUGCAUUGUGCUGGACUGGUUCUGGGGAAUUCCCCUCAGGCAACGAUCUGGUUAAAUUCCUAUGAUGGUAAUACAACAUGUUUUCAAUAAUUGUUUACAGUCAUGACUGUGGAGACGCUGUUUGGCUGAAAACUCCUGUAAAAAAACCCCAGUAUUAUCAGAAAGAAAUAAAUGUGCUCUUACUGCUGUCAAAUAAAACUGUAAAUACUUGUGAUUUGGCACAUUAUGUCAGCUCUCGUUUUAUGUUAAAACUAAGGAACAAACAAUAACAUUGUGUGUUAAGGUAAACUCUUGCUCUGUAUUUAUUGAAUGUUUUUUUAAGGUCAGAUUUCUCUCUGUUCUACUUUUUCUACGUCCGUUAGCCUGUCCGAGGGGAAAUGGAUUAAGUCAUAACAAUGAACUGAAACUUUUCUAUGCACAGAGUUCACUUCAUAAAGACUCUCAUUGUUGGCUGGUGAGUUCAGGGCCGCACAACCGAAGCAUUCAUGUCCAACAGCAGAUUGAAGAGCAGUUUGUUACAGUGAAGUGGCUUUACAGGCUGUUGUGAUUUUCAGAGAGAAACCUCGUGUUGAUUCUCUUCUCUGGACCUGUGUGGUCUUGAAGCCAGGGGUGAAUCUUACAGUUUGGUAUCUUGAUAUCAGAACUGUACCUCAGUUUCUCAAAGACACCUUCUGUUGGAGUGAACCUGAUAGCACUGAGAGAUUUUUUUAUCUUGCUCUAACUGGCUUCUUUCUUUGGCUGUGAAUGCAGCAUUCCUUUCAUCCCUGCUGUAUUCAUGGACAAGCAGGUACAGGCAGAGGCCUCUCCUGUCUGACAGCACUAUAUCUGUGCAGCAAAACCAUCUGAUGAACUGGAAGUGUCAUCCUGCUAUAUAUAUGGUAUAAUAGUGUGUUUCAUAAUAACUGGGCCUAGUGUUUACUUUGACAGCUUUGGUAAAAAGUUAUUUAAAAAUUGUCCAAAUUGACUAAAAUUUUCAUGAUCCCUGCAGAACCGCUGUGUACGUUAUGGGGGUCACGAUUCCCCAGUUGGACUUCUCUGCUCCAAAAUAUGCAGCUUUACUAAAUAAAUAUUUAAAAUCAAAUUAAUUAUCUGAAUAUUCAUGCCAGUAACUUGCAUCAGAGAUUUCUUAUGUAUUUAUUUCCAAUUCCACAACAAAAUAAUGUCUCUUUGCUCUUUUUUGUUUCAGCUGUUCCACUGUCUAAACAAUCACCCCAUAAAUAUACGGUGAUAAUAAACAACCAAACGUACAUGCAAACUAAGUUUUUGGAAGGAUGUGGUGAACAGAAGUUAGCAAUAUAUUCCAGACAUACGCACAGAGUUGAAUCAGUGUGUGUCAAUCACACCUUCAUUACUUCCCUCCCUCCCCCCAGCAAGAACAGGCAGAGAGAAACAUGUUCCAAGGUAACUGGGUGGAGCCCAUAUUUGAAAUGUCAAUAGCUGCACCUUCAGUCUGAGGAGUAAGUCAAGAGAACAGAGAUAAGCAACUCAUGGCGUUGCAACAGGUUUCCUUAUAAAUAAGUUUCAAGACGUACUAUUAGUCCAACUAUAUUAAUCGUGCACUUGCAUUUCUAUUAUAAAAUGUUUUCUGAAGAAGGGUGUUUUUAUGCUUUAAUACGAUUUCAAUCUUAUGAUGUUCCAUAGUUGACACUAUGUCAGUCAACAACCAAUGAAAUGUGGCCCUUCAUUUUAACAAAGAAACUCCAAUCUUGAAUGCUGUAGUUCCUUCAAAAUCAUGAUUAAACAAUGCGCACAUUAAAGUGUAUCCGUCUGUUACUUUUUAAAUUUUAGGGAAGUGUCAUGUAUUUAUGUUUAUAACGAACUUCUUCCCUUAUAUUUUUGUAAUUUAUACGUUUUAUUUUGACAAGGCAGAAACGGAAGCGGUUUGAUUACAUUUUGUCGUUCCCUUGACAGAAAGCGAGAAAGCUAGGUUAAAGUCCUCCGUCUGUUUAGACCACUCCUUCUACUGUCUACACGCUCGGCGAACGAACUACUCCCCGGAAAAUCAACUAUUUUAUCCAGUUAUAUAGUUAAAUCGACCUUUUCCCCUAAAGCCAUUUUACUGCUGUGUUGUUGUUGUUUUUUAAAUAGUUUUUAAACUUCUUGGACCGGUAGCUGCGUGGCGAAGACAGCAUGGUGUUAAAGUCAGAAGACGGCAUAGUGCCAGACGACCUCACCCCAGAGGAGCAGCAGGAGCUGGAGAAUAUCCGCCGGCGCAAACAGGAGCUGCUGGAGGACAUUCAGCGUCUGAAGGAUGAGAUAGCAGAAGUGACCAGUGAGAUUGAGAACCUGGGUUCCACUGAGGAGAGGAAAAAUAUGCAGAGGAAUAAACAGGUGGCUAUGGGCCGCAAGAAAUUCAACAUGGACCCCAAAAAGGGGAUCCAGUUCUUGAUCGAGAACGACUUGCUGAAGAACACCAGUGAUGACAUUGCUCAGUUUCUCUACAAGGGCGAGGGCCUUAACAAAACAGCAAUUGGGGAUUACCUCGGAGAAAGAGAUGAUUUCAAUAUCCAAGUGCUUCAUGCCUUUGUGGAGCUGCAUGAGUUCACAGACCUUAACCUGGUUCAGGCUUUAAGACAGUUCUUGUGGAGUUUUCGGCUUCCUGGUGAGGCUCAGAAGAUUGACCGCAUGAUGGAGGCCUUUGCUCAGCGUUACUGCCAGUGCAACUCCGGCGUUUUUCAGUCUACAGACACCUGUUACAUCCUCUCAUUUGCCAUCAUCAUGCUGAACACAAGCCUCCACAACCCCAACGUGAAGGACAAGCCCACCGUGGAGCGGAUCAUCUCCAUGAACAGAGGCAUCAACGAUGGAGGAGACUUACCUGAAGAUCUGCUCAGGAAUCUGUACGAUAGCAUCAAGAACGAGCCCUUUAAAAUCCCAGAGGACGACGGCAACGACCUCACACACACUUUCUUCAACCCGGACAGAGAGGGCUGGCUGCUAAAGCUGGGGGGACGAGUCAAGACCUGGAAGAGGAGGUGGUUCAUUCUCACUGACAACUGUCUGUACUACUUUGAGUACACGACCGACAAAGAGCCCAGAGGAAUCAUUCCACUGGAGAACCUCAGCAUCAAAGAGGUGGAGGAUAAGAAGCCAAACUGCUUCGAGCUUUUCAUCCCUGACAACAAGGACCAAGUGAUAAAAGCCUGUAAGACGGAGGCAGAUGGACGGGUGGUGGAGGGAAACCACACCUUCUACCGUAUUUCUGCCCCAACUGCGGAGGAGAAAGAGGAGUGGAUGAACAGCAUCAAAGCUGCCAUCAGCAGAGACCCCUUUUACGAGAUGCUGGCAGCCAGGAAGAAGAAGGUCUCGUCCAUGAAGAGACACUAGGAGCCACACUCCUGAUGUUGCACUUAACAUGGAGCUGGGGGGGAGUCCAGGGUGGGGUGUUUUGUCCCUGUCAUGGCCGGUGCAGAGGCCUCAGUUCAGACCUGCUUCAGACCAAUAACAGGGACUUUCUCUUGGACACACAACUCCCUGUGGCUUUGAUACUCUUUUGGCCAGAAAACAGGAAGCAUGCUGGGGUUUCUAGGCCAAAGCCUCCUCUAACCUCCUGUCUGAAUGUCUUUCCCGCUGUCUGUCUCCCAGCUUCGUGUGUGUCUGCUCUCUGUCUAGGAUGCCUGAAAUGAAACUUGCUGCAGCGAAAUCAAGCUUCUCCGCUGUAUAAUAAUGUACACAGACACUCAUCUCGUCUGCCUCUGUAGCACUGGUGGUUUAAACUCAGCAGGUCUGAUGCAGUGUGGAAACGUGAACCAAAAUAUCCCUCACUUUAUGGAAGAAAGGCCAAGACCUUCUCUGACAUACUUUAAUACCUUUGGGUAGCAUGUGUCUAUUUUUACAGCUUUUACUUUUCAUUUCUCUCUAUUUUUUUCUUCUUUUUUUUUUUACUUUUUGUAAAAUAGCAGAAACUUCAGGUGGCAUAAAAUGGGGGAGAUUAUUUGCUAACUGUUAGUGGUUUUAUAGAGAGAGAAAUAAAACAGAAAAUAUAAAGUCGUCAUUAAGUUGCCUCUCAGGAGAUUGUUACCAUGAGUCUUUCCAUGUCUGGAUCAUGUCAGUCACGUGAGGGAAGGAAACCUUGUCUGUUUUAAAAGACACAGUCUCACCCCUCGAGCUGACUCUCGCUCCUCAUUUCCUGAAGGUCUGGGAUCACAUCCCUGGGGAUUGUGUGUUGAUCAGGAGGACAGCUUGUGUUUGAAGUCUUAAUUUGUUUGUUCAAAGCACAUCUUUGUCUUCAUUUUUUGCCCCUUUCAUUUAAAACAGCAUUUAAUGUGUUAUUUAGUUAACUUCAUGGCUACACAGUGCCUGGAGCUGUGGACAUGUCACAUGAUGAGAAACGCUGCUGGUUAGCGACUAACAUUUAUCUUUUACUCUCAUUCCCAAAACUGACGAAAGGUAAAGACGAAAGUAUGGUGAUGUAAUGAAACAUUGUUAAUGUUUUAUUGCAUUGUCACAGUACCUUUGUACAAACAAACGUGUUAAAGGAACUGAAUUUCUGAACGUAGUAGCUGUAUUCAGGAAGCUCUUGUUGUUUUACUUUUUGUAGAGGUUCUAGCCACCAGGGGCGCUAAUGCAUUGCAAAUUAGCAUCGUUUCAGCGGCGUACUAGAACAUGCAAGUUGUCGACGUGUUAGUAACUUGUUAAAACAACAAUCUUUGUUGAGGCCCCGCCAUCCUAACGAUGCUAACAACAUUGCUCUUGCUUCCUCUCAGGUCUUUUAAGUUGAAUUUCUGCCACGUUUUAUUACUAGGACAGGUUUAUGAAUGUAAAUAUGCCAUAACUUUGCAACAGUAAGAAACUACGCAGAGAAGUUGGGCAUAUUUCUAAUUUUCAUGCUACCAAACACUGCGAUUUUCAGGGGUUACUUUUAAGGGUAUUCUGCAGUUUUAGAUAUUUUCUGUUUCUGGACGUGAGUUGAAAAUAUGUCAGCUUCCUGGAGGAGACUACUAUUUUCAGAAAUAUUUGAAUGGCAGGAUCUGUGUAAAAUACAUUAAACGGUACCAUACUGUUUGUGUACAUAUCCGACAUUACAAACGCUAUAUAGUUGCUAAAGCUAUAUAGCCAAACAAAGCUUAGCCUGGACCUUCACGGUCACUCUGUGUCUCAGGUAGCAGCAGUUAGGAAAUGUGCAGUGAUGCUCACUUUUGAGCUUCAAGCUGGGGUCAAAGUCGUGUUUGCAGUUGUGACUCCUUGUCGUUUAUACUUGUUACUCUCAUCCUCUCUGCCUUUUGUCCUUCCAGGUUUCAUCCCAUCCCCUCCAGAAAAGCUUGUUCUAGAAGAAAAUGGAGAGAGAGAAAAAAAAGCUAAACAAGCCAAAAAAAAAAAAUGUAGACAGUAUUGUUUUAUUUAUCAGAGGUUGUAAAUAUUUCAUUGUAUAGAUGUUCUUUUGUCCUAUUUUUAGUUGUGCCAUUUAUUGUUUGUUUGUUAUUCAGAUGAGUGAUGUUUUGAUGAGGUUUCUAACGUCGCCAUUUAAUCCAGCUCAAAUAAAGAUUUGUCACAAACACUGA